AUACCCUUUAUACAUCCACCUUGUUCGGUUCCCUGUCUCCUCAUUCAUUACAGCCACCAUUCAACCGUCUCUAUUUCUCACCACCUUACCGUUCAUCUCCGCCGCCCACUAGCCCCAAGUAAUCUCGCAGCAGCAGAAUUUUGAGCUCCGUCAGUGACAAGUAAUUGAAGGCAAAAACAGCUAGGCCCGAGAAGAUGAAUAGCUCUUCAGCAUCCAAAUCAAAAGUAGGGUCUUCCUCACAAUCUUCUGAAACUUCAUUUAAGCGAAAGCGGGGAGUUUUUCAGAAAGACUUGCAGCAUAUGAUGUAUGGUUUUGGGGAUGAUCCUAAUCCUCUUCCAGAAACUGUGGCGCUUGUGGAGGAUAUUGUUUUGGAAUAUGUCACAGAUUUGGCGUAUAAAGCUCAAGAUAUAGGAUCGAAGAGGGGCAAACUAUCAGUUGAGGAUUUUCUGUACUUAAUUCGCAAGGACCUACCGAAACUUAACCGUUGUACAGAACUGCUAUCUAUGCAAGAGGAACUGAAACAAGCUAGGAAGGCUUUUGAAGUGGACGAGGAGAAGUUAGCAACAGUUGAGUGACAUUGGAGAACACAAUGAACUUUGCCUCAUCUUGUUACUAUGUUCUUUGUCGAUUACCUUUUAUCGGUAGUAAUACUAAUCCCAAUUACAGUAAACAUUUCACUAGAGAAAUAGAUCAGUAUAUAAGAAUAUGAUUUUGUUGAUUUUCAUGCACAUUUCUUUUGACAGCAAUGAUGAAUGUGGAAUAUAAUUUCUGUAAAUAGUUGGUAAUUUUCUUUGGCGAAACUCAUAUUUGAGUCCCUAAUCUAUACGACAUUUGAUUAUCUA